AUGCCCAAGUCACGAAGACCCAAGAUCUCUUUACCGGGGUGCUCAGUCCCUGUGGAAUACGUCUUCGCUGACGCGGCGCUUUUCACACAGAAAUGGUGGUCGAAUGUUGUCAAACUGGAUGCUUUCUGGACGGACCUCGGCAAGCACCUUUCUCAAUCAAUCAUUAGGAAAAGAAUCAUGAUCGAUAUCAAAACAGAGACGGAGGGGCAGAGCCAUUCACAACAGAAGCGGGGCCAGAUGACAAGCUCACAUCGUGACCAGUCCGCAUCUGUUACAGCUAGUAGCCCUGAAGUGGGCGGGAACAGAGCGGAAGAUAAGCUGGACGUUCAGGAAGAGCUGGCGAGAGAAGUCGAAGAGCUCUGGGAAAUGGCUGCCGAGGCUGGAGAUACCUUGACAGGCGAGGGCAAACGGUCUCGCAAAUCGACUGCCAAUCGCUGGGUCGAGAAGGUUGAGUGCGUCAGGUGUGGGCAGUCUUUUCCAUGGUCCGAGUUGGAUUUCGACGCCUCCAGCAACCCAAUUUGCACCAAAUGCAUAGAUGCCGUCCAAGCAGAGACGAAUGUCACCGCCAAGGUCCCCAAGGCACGAGGCGAGUCGCAAAAGGCCACUCGCAACAGCCAAUCUGCGAGGCCAGCAACGAACGUAAUCAGGGUCGCGGAUGACGUGGAGCCGGUUGAGAUACAAGCUAGGGGGAUGAACACCAUUCCGAGGCCAAGUCACAAAAGAAACCGUGAGGACAGUGGCCAGGUGGUGACGAUCCAGGGCCGCGAAUUUCUCGUGUACGUGGAUCAGGAUGGCAAGGCUCAGUUGGUGAAGCUCGAAGAGCAGUCGAGCAAGCGCGUCAAGGCGUUGGGAGAGAGGUAA